UAGCUAGCGUCAAACUUCGGAUGCCAUGCAUGCGCAGCGCACAUACAGAGCAGUGGCUAAAGUCGUCUGAUGAUCAUCUUUAUUCCCACUGACAGCAUCUUGCAGACGUGAGAGUGUACACUCUAUUCCUCUGCCGCCCUGUGUGGGAGUUAUCCAAACAGAGGAUUCUGAGAAUGAAAGUUUUUCUUUUCGUCUUCCCAACUAUGGCUCUGUACUGUUGUACAACAGGCAGUCAGCUCCACCAUAAUAUUAUACAAAAGAACAUAUCGGUCAUCCCUGGGAAACUGGAAAAUGUUUCCAACAUUAGCUUCAACAAUGACAACUUCUCUGUGUCAUAUGAGGGUUCCGGAACACUUGUUGGGGUGAGCAGAUUCAAAGAUGACAACGACAUUUACGUGGGGAUAACUGUCUACGGGACCGCUAACAACUCCAAUGUUACUCAAGUUACCAUUAAUAAUGGCACCUUGCUUUAUGACAUCCGCAUCCACAUAUUGGACUGUCCACUCGGUUUGUAUACUAAUAGGAAUGGGGUAUGUGUCUGUCCACCGGCUGUCGCUGAGGAAUUCAAAACCCUCCCUGGUAUUAAUUGUGAUAACUCCACCUUCAAAGCAAGGGUGUUCUUUGGCUACUGUAUUGACCAACAUAAGUUACUGGUUGUCCGCUGUCCACUGGCUAUACCUCAUAGUUCUGAUAGUAAAGCAAGUGUGUAUACUCCUAUCGAUCGCUCAAGAGAUUUUUGCCGCAUUUUCAAUCGAAAUGGAAAAUUUUGCAGUAGUUGUAUUAACAAUUACGGCAUAUCUGUUUAUUCGGACACCUUUGAGUGCAUCCAAUGCAACAAACCAGAUCAUCACUGGAGAGCCAUUGUGUCUUACCUUGCAAUUGAAAUCAUUCCCUCCACCUUGUUUUUCUUGUUUAUCCUCUACUUUCACAUUGUGGUAACGUGUGGCCCUGCAAAUGGGUACAUCUUCUUUGCUCAGACAAUGACCACCCCAUUUGAAGUCAUAUUCCUGCAAUACAUCGUACAAAUGUUCUUCAAGCCUCUUGGUGAUCAUUAUCUUCCCCAAGGAAUGGUUCAGUCUGUUAUCAUUCCAUACAGCAUGUGGAAUCUAGAUUUUCACAGGAUUUUGGGUAAAUCUGCAAAGUUCUGUUUGUCUGACAGCCUUCGGCCCAUGGACAUACUUGCUCUGCACUAUGUCUCGGCACUUUACCCUUUCCUUUUGCUUGUUGUGUGUUACAUCGUCAUCGAGCUGCAGGCUAUGAAUUUUCGUCCUGUCAUUUGGAUGCUGAAGAUCAUCUGCUUCCCCUGCAUGCGAUGGCAGAGGGUCUGGAAGGCAAAGGUAUCCAUCCUGGACACCUUUGCCACCUACGUUCUUCUAACCUACUACAAGGUCAUGUACGUGACCUUUCUUCUGUUGUCUACCACGAAAACUAAUCAUAUUACGUUGGGUGGACAUGCAAAACAGGAUCGUGUUGUCUUUGUUGAUCCAUCCAUUGACAUAUACUCAACUAAACACUUGCCGUUUCUCUUCUUGGCAGUCACAGUUCUCCUUACUUUUGGCCUCUUUCCCCCACUCCUGUUGAUACUCUACCAGUUCAAGACAUGCUACUCGUUUCUGGAGAGGGCGAGACUCAAACGUCCGGGGCUGGAGCAGUUUGUGCUGGCCUUCCAGGGCUGCUACAAAGACGGGACUAAUGGAAGCCCCGACCGAAGGUUUUUCGCUGGUCUUUAUUUUGUUUUUAGGCUGGUCAUGGUGAUGUUGAUGACUAUGCCAGACGAUUCUCUUAUAGUGUUUGGAUUCAAGACCGUCGCCUGUAUUACGUUUCUUUGUGCGUGUGCUGCUGCACAGCCGUAUAAAAAGAAAAAAUACACCGUCAUUGAUUGCACCUUCUUUUCGUUUCUGGCAAUUAUUUCGGCUUUCCAGUACUACAUCUACGUCUUGCUUCAAGAAACGGAAAAGUUUUCACGUGAUAUUCUAGUAAACCAGCUACUAAUGUACCUCCCCUUGAUCUACAUGAUAAUGUACGUUGCACGUCGGCUGUUUCUCUGCUUCAAGAACAGAGACUCAAAUCCCUACCUCCUGCUGAAUGACGGCGAGCUAAAAGACACGCUGUCCGACGAUAGAGAAGGAAACAGACAACCUGUGAACAUAGAUAUAUCGCCGAGACAAUCCAUCACGAGAACAGAGGUGAGCAUUGCCGAGCUAUCACAGGAAAACGAGUCGGAAGGUGAGAGCGAGGAGGCCGAGUCGUCUCCUCUCAUGGGAAAGAGAAGGGAAAUGAAGAUAUUCUCACAGCACGCAGCCACCGAGUCGGCUGAGUACUGCCUCACAAGGAACACCUGAGGGCGGCAUAUGCAAGCACCUGGACGGCACAUGUUCCCCACUCCAUAUUUUAGCACAAUUCCACUUAUGUUGCACUUCGAAAAGUGAAAGCACAACAUACCCAUACUGAAACAUCAACAUCGUAUUGACAUGUGUGUUAUGCAACAACACUGUAUACUGUAGUCACAUACAUUAGUUUUGCAUAUGUACCUUUCCUAAACUUAAGACUUUUCAUAACACACGUGAUGAGAGUUUAAAAGCAUUACCACAAUGAUGAUAGUACUCAGUUAUUGAGAUUGUGACUGGAGGUGAGCCACCGCAUGCCCGUCAAAUACUCUGAACGUUGAGCGAUAUUGCAUGUUAUUUUUAUGCAGGGCUGAAGGAUGAAACUUGCUUCAAUGACCCUAGUGUUACUAGUCUUGCCGCAGUCACUCUGUGUUACGCUGUUCAAUAAUCUGGGGAGGCUUCACAAGGAAUGCGAGGCUAUGAAUGUGUCAAAGUAUGAGUACCUUUUUCCAGGUCAAAUGACUCAACUACCCAACAUAAAGCAUUGUGCACCAACCGGAAUAAUAGAAGUACUCUUUAUGGACAAUACAACCAGCUUUGCAGUGAGACAGAACCCAGGUAACAAUACUCCGAGCAUAGCUGUCUAUGAGAAUGAAACCAGCAGUAGGCUCAUGUGUGUGAAAAACAACGGCCGGAUAACAAAGGUGAGUAUAACUCUCAAUUACUGCCGUCCUGGCUUCUUCUACACCCAACAAGGCACGUGUGACUGUCUGACUAGUCCCCAUAAUCCAAAUAUCGCCUGCAGUAAGGCAGAAGGUUUCUCUGCUGUGGUGGUGGGUCACUGUGUCAGCCGCAGCUCCGGGAAGGACCCAUUGCUGGAGGCUCGGUGUGCCUUUGCCUCGCACGGCACCAAGCCAGUGCUAGCAAUAGAACAGAACAACACAACCGGCGAGACCCUCUUCUGUGAGAAGUUCAACCGAAAGGGGACCCUGUGCAGCGAGUGUACACGUGGCAAUGGGCUGUCGGUUUUUUCAGACACUUUCGAUUGCAUACCUUGUUCAAGAUUCAGACUCAAGAACCUGGCCCUGUAUCUAGUGAUAGAGCUUGUACCGACAACAGUUUUCGUCUUGAUAAUCUUGUUUUUCCACAUAGGGAUAACAACAGGUCCCGUUAAUGGGUAUAUAUUCUUCGCUCAAAUGGUCACAACACAACUAGAGGUUCUGUUUCUAAAAUUUGGGUGGAAGAUGUAUGCACAAGGGAACAACUACCUUGCCACAAUAAUGCCGCAGUGGAUAAUCAACCCUUACUGCAUAUGGAACCUUACCUUCUACAGGAUUUUCAAUGAGAACAUAUGCAUUUCCCCACACCUCAGAGAAGUUCAUUUGCUGGCACUGAAUCUAGUUAUGGCGCACUAUCCCCUUCUUCUCAUGUUUAUCACGUACGUCAUUAUCGAGUUGAAGGCUAGGAACAUUCGCGUUGUGACCUGCCUAUGGCGGCUGCUGUGUUUCAAUUGUGUUCGCUGUCGGAGGGUAUGGCAAGCCAAGACUUCAGUGAUCGACGCCUUUGCAUCGUGUCUCUUACUGUCCUACACAAAGUUUGUCCUCGUGUCGUUCCUCUAUCUCUCCCCAUCUGAGGUUCAUGAUGACAGGGGGAGGUUGGUUGGGAGAGUGCUUAGUCUUGACACUUCUCUGAAAUUUCUUAGCCACGAGCACACGCCAUAUGUGGCAGUAGCUAUAGUCAUGCUUCUCACGUUUGGAGCUCUACCUCCACUCAUACUGACUUUCUACCAGUUCAGACUCUUCCAAAGUUGCCUCGACCGGGUGCACCUGAGGGGAGUCGCCAUGCAGCGUUUUGUUGAGGCUUUCCAAGGCUGCUACAGGGAUGGUACGGAUGGGAGGAUUGACUGUCGCUUCUUUGCUGGGAUUUACUUUCUAUUUCGUUGCACCAUCCUCAUGAUAACGGCUCUAUUGCCUUCCUAUCCUGCUGUCUUCACCGCCAUCAUAAUUACUCUGUCUCUCUUUCUGCUGCUUUUUGCCAUCUUUCGACCCUACAAAAAGCAGCGCUACAACAUAAUCGAUUCUGCCAUCAUCUUCCUGUUCAUUACAAUCACAGCGCUUCAGCUGUACAUGUACUACAAACUGCAUCAGACUUUCACAGUUUCUCACGUUUUCACGUUCUAUCACUUCCUUCUCUCCGUGCCACUAGUCUACAUCACUGUAUAUGUGGUCAACUGGCUGUACCAACAGUGGAAGCAGAGGCACAAUCGUCGCUCUAAUACGCCGGCCGAUCGACAGCCUGAAUUUUACAGAGAGUCUGCACUUGAGGAGAGAGUACCACUGAGAGGUGAACCUAGCGGGUACUCAGCCAGAAACCCAGUCUCUCAGACUGAGGUGAGUAUCGAGAACCUGUUGGAGGAUGAACGAAACGAGGGGGAGAUUGAUGGGCAAGGACCUAGGGGAGGAGAGGGGACAGGGAGGGAGGUUAGGGAGGGCAGAGAGCAAUUGUGGAGAAGUGCAGUUGGGGCAUGGGGAGACUGGUACAGGUGGUGGCAGUCAUACACAAGUGGCCAGAGAAAGGCCAAGCAUUUUAGCACAUCGUGAACUGCAGUCAGUAGCACACUAUGGAAGCAUACAGUGAGACAGAUCCAGUUUGAAAUACAUCAUUUGUGUGUGCAUCUUUCAUAACCCCAUUUAUUGAAUGUGUUCUGUUAUGUAAUUGAGUCAAAGGAUGUUUAUAGCG